GGGUGACGGAUGGCAGUCAGCUGGCCGUCCCUUCUGACCUAAAGAGUGUUCUUGCCUUGCUCCUGCCCGCACACACACACACACACACGCACGUGAGCCCUUCCCGCACCUCAUCAUGUUCGUCAAGGAGUUCCAACUUACCUCCUGUUCCUGUGGUGCAGUGAGCCUCUCCACACUUCUCCAUGUCAGAGCUUUAUGGGUGUCCUCCUCUAUAUUUCAGUAGAGUCAUCCUGCCCCUCACUGUGGAAGAGUACCAGGUGGCACAGCUGUACAGUGUGGCAGAGGCAAGCAAGAAUGAGACGGGUGGAGGAGAAGGCAUUGAGGUCCUUAAAAAUGAACCCUUUGAAAACUACCCUCUGCUCGGUGAUGAGUACAACAAGGGACAAUACACCUAUAAAAUUUAUCACCUUAAAAGUAAAGUGCCAGCUUUCAUCCGCCUGCUGGCUCCCGAGGGCUCCCUGGAGAUGCAUGAGGAGGCCUGGAAUGCAUAUCCUUACUGCCGAACCAUCAUUUCGAACCCUGGGUACAUGAAGGAAAAUUUUUACAUAACGAUAGAGUCACUGCACGUCCUGGACAACGGCGAGUCUGAGAAUAAUCCAUCAUACAUGAAGAGAAACUUUACUGUGAUGAUUGAAACCCUACAUUUGGCUGACAUGGGAACACAGGAGAAUGCUCAUAGACUCACGGGAGAAAAGCUCAAUAUGAGAGAAGUUGUGACCAUUGACAUUGCCAAUGACCCUGUCAAGCCGGCAGAUUACAAGGCUGAUGAGGACCCAACGAAAUUCAAAUCAGAGAAGACUGGCCGAGGUCCUCUGCAAGGCCCUCAGUGGUGGAAAAAGUGUGACCCAGUGAUGACCUGCUACAAGCUGGUGACCUGUGAGUUUAAGUGGUUCGGCCUCCAGACCAGAAUAGAAAAGUUCAUCAUGGAUGCCGAACGCAGACUUUUCACCAACUUCCACAGGCAAGUGUUUUGUUGGAUGGACCAGUGGCACGGGAUGGAUAUGAACGACAUCAGGCAGCUAGAGGAUACUACCAAGGAUGAGCUUGAUGAGCAACGGAAAGUGGGUACUGUUCGAGGUACAAAGGGUGAAUAAGCUUCCAGUCCUUUUUAUUUGUUGAUUUUUUCUCUUAUUCCCUCAUAAUUGGCUAAGCUCUGUUUCAAGAAUACAAAUUUAAUACUUUCCAAGAAAAUCCUUUGUAAUAUGCACCACCACAAUUACUGUUUUGUAUUAAGAACUUUAGUUAUGUUUAGACCUCCAAGGAAAUGUAAUUGUUUUAAUGAAUCUAUUAACUGAUUUAUUCACAUUGGUAAGUGACCAUUUGUGCCUCAAGAAAGACUUCCAUUAGUGUGACUGCAGCAGCAUGAAUGUAGAUGAUCAUUUCUAAAUGCACUAAAUCUGCACAACCUAUUUGAUGUGUCAAGUGAGUCCAGGCAUGUGAAUUAUGCAGGGCUGCUAUGGUUGUGAUGCAGGGAGGAGGUUGGUGCUGUGGGCUCACUGGCUAGAGUGGGUGCGGCUAAGAAUUGUGUGUGUGUGUGUGUGUGUGUGUGUGUGUGUAGUUUAUCUGAAAGCUGUGAGUAGAUGAGAAUUGUACUGGCUUGGUGGCCUUACCUGCUGCCUCCUCAUGAUUCUUGUGAUGGGUCAGGGGAGGUCAGUGGAUUCCAGGAUAUAAGAUAACUUUGUCAUUAGAUCAUUGGUAACAUCACAUUUUCUCAGCAUCACACUCUUUUUUUUUCAUGAACAUUCAGGUAUUUUUCACUAAUGCUCAGUCAUUUUCUGUAGCAGCAGCACAGCUUAGAUAUAUUUUCCAAAAACUGAAUUCUUGGAGAGGAGUUUUUAGAAAUUUGUGAAAGGAUGGUUGUGUGUGUGUGUGUGUGUGUGUGUGUGUGUGUGUGUGAGAGAGAGAGAGAGAGAAAGAGAGAGGGCCACUUUCCAUCUUGGCUUGUGUCAGCCUUUCAGCAGGUCAGGUUGUACUCUGUGCAUUAAGUGCAUUCAGCACCUUUAGGUUAUAUGAUUAUGAUUUAAUAUUAAUUAUCUUUAAUACAAUGAUUUUUCCAAGAAAAGUCUGUCCAGUUUUACAUCAUUCAUUACAAAACUUGAUGUGACAUAAAAUAAUGCUGUUUCACAUUUGAAAUCAACUUUAGAAAGCCACAAAUACUCUACAUAAAUUAAUUUAGCUGAUGCAUGUGACUGUGAAAGCUUUGAGAGAUGCAUUGUAAUGUAAUGAGAUGGAUGAGGAGAAAUGUGGACUAUUUGCAUUUAAGGUAAUUUAAUGUUUGCAGUCUGGCAAGUUACCAUCAUUUGGUAAUGAGCCUGACUAAAGGUUGUUGUGGCGCUGCAGUGUCAUGACCUGUUAUGUUUUGGAAUUUACAGAAUAGUUCUUGUGGGUGAUAGUAAAUUGCUUUAUUUUAUUUUUAUUUUUUAUUUAUUUAUUCAUUUUUAUUUUUAUUUUUAUUAUUUUUAUCAUUACUUGAUAGGAAAUUAUAAUUAAAUCUUUUAUCUUUAAGUACAACUACUUUUUUAUGAAAUUUCCUAAUUCUGAAUCAUUCCUUAUUACAUUUACAAUUGGUGUGGCAAAAAAAUACAUUCAUUGAGUUUACAAA